GGCAACUUGAUUUACAAAUGGCCGACAUAGAAGGAUUAUCGUGAAAGUGACUGACUGGCUUCGUUUUACGCGCUAUAUUCGAUAAAUACUCUGAAAUGAAGAAUAUUGAGGCGAUGUAGCCUGUAACUACUGCGAUGACUGCGUGCUAUUUGUGUAUUUUUUCAUGACGUAACGAGAACACGACUACGGGCACCUGUUGGAAGAAAUAUAUUGCUGAAACCUGAAGAUGUCAACGACGGCUACAACACCCACGGUCACUACUUCCGGGAAGUUAGACACCACCAAGACUCCGGACAUCAUGAAGUCAUCUCGAAGCAAGACCCCAGAGAAGGAAAAGAAAUCCAUAUCCAUUGAAAACAAGCUGGAGAAUCGGCUGACAAUGAAAGACCUGUCCAAACUACAGAAAGCUUUCAUGACUGAGGGGGAUGGCUAUGACAACAAGCUGGCCCUGUACAGAGACAUGUUCUGUGAGGCGCUGUCCAUCCUCCUGGAUAAAGGCACGAGGGAGGAGUAUGGCGAACUCUUCGACAAGAUCGACGUUGCCAAGGAGGGGACGGUGGACUGGGAUAAGUUUGCCUCGCACAUGCUGCUGGAGUUUUACGAGAGAGAUGACCGCGUCAAGUCCACCCAGGUCCCCCAGUGGAAGGACCUCAAAAUGUUACAAAGUCCACACAAAGACAUUGUACAGAGAGUCCAGUAUCUGAAGAGCAGUAACCGAUACGUGUCCAUCAGCAAGGAAGGGACUGUUGGGAUCUGGGGACCAGACCUCAAGUUGUCUCGAUCAUUCCGGAUUGCGACUGAUUCCUGUAAAGCCAGGGAUUUAUGGGUAACGCAUUUCGUGGCACUCCAGAACAUCAACAAAAUAGCUGUAGCCUUCACUAGCAAGGAGAUUGCUAUUUAUGACAUGGGAAAUAAGCUGGAGUUUAACUGUCAGUAUAAAGUUCAAGGGAUGGAGUUCACCCCUCUUUGUCUGGAUUACUGGUACAACCCGAAGGACGCCAAUGAAGCGAUUUUGUGUUGGGGUGAUGUCGGGGGCUACGUCAAUUGUCUGUUCUUUAAUUCAGCGAAUAUAGCUCUGUUUGAGAGGCCACCAGCACCGGCGGGCGAGAAACAAGAGCCAUGCUUAAAUGUCAAUCUUCAAGACGUUGGAAAUGAGACAUCUUUUAAGAAUGAAACGUACACUCGACACGAGGCCCACAGGAAGGAGUGGGUUAGACAAGUGAAAUAUGCCCAUUAUUUGGAGUGCUUUAUCAGCUGUUCAACAACCAGUACAAACUCAAUGGUGAUUGGCUGGAUGGAGAAAAAGACUGGAUCCGUAACAAAGGACCAAGGCACGAGCAAGAAGAUUCAGAGAAUCUCCGUUUUCAACAUUUCUCAAGGCGUGAAUACGUUCGAUUAUAACCAGCAUCUCAACAUCAUUGCCACUGCAGGAGUGAACCACCACGUCUGUCUGUGGAAUCCCCACAUCGUGUCCAAACCUAACGGCGUCCUCCGCGGCCACAUGGCCAGCGUCAUACAGGUCCAGUUCAUCAAGAGUCGCGGUCAGCUCAUCAGCUUCUCCAAGGACAAGGUCCUGAGGAUCUGGGAUGUCCAGCUUCAGGUCUGCAUACAGAGGCUAGCUGGGAUGUUUCCCAAGGGACCGGAGGUGGUGAGCACGCUGUUCUUUGAUGAGGAGAAGGAUCGCUCAGGCAUGGAGAGGAACAAGAUGUUGAUCACGUUUAAUUACCAGAUCACGCUGAUGGAGAUGAAAACCGAGAAUCGUGACAAAAUCAUGUCCCAUGAGAAGCCAGUCACUGCCGCCAUAUACAACUCUGUGUACAAUCAGGUCAUCAGUGUCUGUCAGGCGGGCACAAUGAUUGUGUGGAUGAUUGACACAGGUCAAAAGGUCAAACAAUUCAACAAUACUCACGCUAAUGCUGAGGUCACAUGUCUGGCCCAGGAUCCCACGGAAACCAAGCUGUUCACAGGAAGCACCGACGGCACGGUCAAGGUGUGGGAUUUCAAUGGGCACUGCUUCCACACCUUGGAGUGUGGUGGGGGUCAACCAGCUGACAUAGGACAGAUCCUGAACCUCAAGAGGAGUGUGGUGGUGGUGGGCUGGACCAAGCACAUAACGGUUUUCCCAACAGCCUCAUUGAAAGAUUUUCAUGUACAGCCAUCAGAAUGGAAAGGGGGAAAGGAGCACAGUGAGGAUAUUCUGUGCUGUGCGUUCACUGGACCGAAUCAUUUAGCCACCGGAAGUUAUGAUGGGGAGAUUGUGACGUGGAAUACGAACUCGGAACACAUCUCCCGGCGUCUCAGUCAGAGGUCCAGACGACUGAUGCUGAAAUCACAGAAGUCUUUCUUACAGGCCAGGAGGGAGUCUGCAUCCACCCAAAGACCUAAGUCCAAGGCCUCACAAAAGAGUGGGAAAAGUCAGAACAGUGGAACAGAAGAGACGAAUGAGUUCGGCCUGGCAGUUGCUAAGCUAAUAUUCCUAGAGACCAGGAAGGCAAACUCAGCAGGAGGCGGGGCUAACCUGAUAUCUGGAGGUGGGAAUGGGUGGAUCCGCUUCUGGAACACUAACCACACCCAGCUGAUAGGAGAGUUUGUGGCCCACCAGCAGUCGGGCAGUGUUCUGAUGGCGGUGGACAAGAAGAACCAUUACAUGGCAACUGGAGAUGUGGAUGGCCUGAUAAAAGUCUGGGAUAUUUCCGAGCACUGUCUUCACGCCACGGACGACAUCGUCAACACUGCCCCACCCAUGAAGUGCCAGUUCCAGGCUCACUCUGACAUGAUUAACACACUGGAGAUGUGUGAGAGAAACGAACGAGUCCUAAUUAUCUCUGCCUCCUCUGACUGCAGCGUAGCCAUGUACGACGUCCUGGGCAACCUCAUCGGUGUAUUCGGUCAGGAGGAGCACUGGAAGAUCGAGCCAUAUGACCCAGCGGAAGAACAAUUCCAGGAAUCCGAGAGUGAGCAGAUAUCUAAAAUGGAGGAGAUCGAGGAGAUGGGAGAGCUGGAGACUGUUGUGAUAGUGGAGGAAGACAACUGGGAGCCGGACGAACGGGCGAUCACCAACCCCGAGGAGUACCGAAUAAACACAUGGGAUAACACAUUUCUGGGCAAAAAUUAUCAAGAAUUACGGGUUCAGAAGCGCGAGCGGAAGCAGCCUAGUACUAUUCCGGACUUGCCGUACUUGCACUGGGAGAGGACAGGCCACGCCCCCGCCGGGCCGUACUCAUCUCUGGACACACAACAGAUACAGGAUUUUGAUCCGCCGAAGAAACCCAACACGUCCUACACCGAGAGUGUGUCCACCGCCUCCAACCUCCCCAAGCUCCCCAACCUAGUGGACACUCUAAAGCAGCCUGUUCCAGAGAAGGAGAUCUUCCCUAAGUAUAUCCUGGACUUCGAGGCGAAGAUGAAGGAUUAUCACAAACGUCAGCUCAGUCAAGGAAAUUCCUCCAAUGCCCCUGGCAUUCUGGGAUUGAAAGGAAAACUUGGAGCUGGGAUGGCUAAGUCCAGCUUACAGAGCAUCGGCCUACAGCUCGGGAAACAGGUCCUCAACACGCCCGCUCCCAAACCGUCCAAGUCAGUCAAGAGCUUUAAAAUGAAGUCCAUAUCACGGAGGACCUCCGUAGUGUCCACAGAAACGUCUCAGGCCUACUGAAGAGGGGUGUACAUUGUGUCUUCUCAGGCCUACUGAAGAGGGGUGUACAUUGACUUAACGCCCAUGUGUGGAUGUUUUUUCUAACUCAUAUUGAUCAUCUCCGAGAACUGGUUCAGUUUUGAAGAUACUAGGAUUCAGUGCUGUUUACAAACUUGAUUUAUUCUUGCCUGAUGAGAUUUGACAGGUUACAGGAAAAGAUACGGGGGAAUGUGAUUCGACAUGUUACUAACGUGUGCGUACAAAUACCUGCACUUUGAAUGGACACUAAGGUCUGAGGCUUGGUUCCAUGGUAAAAUGUCUUCAAAGUUCAAUUAUUUGGAUUUUAUUUUCUUGCAAGAGACUUUAGAAUAUGUGUGUGAAUUAAAGUUUAUGCUGAAACACAAAUCAUAAAACAAAACACACAAGAAUAUGUAGGAGGUGACAUAAAGACGGUUUAUUUUAUAAUCAUGAAAAAAAAAUGAUGGUCACAUUUUGUUUUUGAUAAGUGUUUUUAUUGAUAUUUCUCAUAUUUACAUAUAUACACUGACAACUUCUGACACGUAUUUUAAACCCUUCUCUGAAGAUAUCCUUAACCAUAAUCAUGCAUUUAUCUAAUAUCAGAAGAUAUUAACGACCAUGAGUUGAAUGUGAUGAAUUCCGUUUAUAAGAGGCACUGUGAUAUUUACAGCUGUAUUUGUGUAAUAUUGAUAUUUUUAUGAUAAAUGUCACACUUAAAAUACAUAAAAA